AUGGCAAAACCGUGUCCUUCAUGUCAAAGUAAAAAGGAAGCCAGUGAGAAUUAUAGUGGUGACGCCUGUGGGUUACUUAUGUCAGCCUAUGUUCUUGCUGGACUUGCUAUGAUGCUUAAUAUUAGGUUGUCGUAUAGUUCUGCUCCAUAUGCACUCAUUAGAUUUAGGUUACCCGAGAAUCUAUUCAGUGUUUUUGUAAGAAGAAUGGCUAGUGCUUUGGAGCUAUGGUGUUUACCAAGCAUGCUAUUGGGUAACAUAAUGGACCUAAUUCAGAAACUGUUUGAUGGUGGAGCAGAAUUAAGAGCUAUCAAAGUUAAAGCCACAAAACUACAGGAGAAGGCCGGAGAACUUAAAUCCGCUCCUGGACUUAGUGGUGCUGGUGAAGUCAGUGCUGCAGCCGGAACACUAGCAGGUAAGGCCGGAACGCUUAACAGUGAAGCCAGCCAAAUAAAGGGUGGUGAUCUCGAUGUACUUAAAACUGAUGCCACAGCUCUAGCUUCAGCAGCCGGCAGUAGUGGCCUCCAACAGAAGGCAUCCGAACUAGUCAGUCAAUCUACUGAUACCGGAAAGGCCAUAUCAGUAAUAGAUGCAUUCGGCAAGGUCAAGGCCGCAUACACCACACUAUCUGCUGCAGCUAAAGAAAAAGAAAAAGAAGAUGAUGGAAAGGUCACAGCUGUUGAUAGUGCCUGGGGCAAUGUCAAUACAGAAUUAGAAAAACUUUGUAAGGCACUCAUCAAACAAUACGCGGAUGAGGUGGGAUCUAAGGCAGGUGCACUCCAAAGUAGUCCCAGUGUUGGUACUGCCCAAAAGUUCAAAGAAGCAUAUGACGAGUUUGGAAAGGUCUACAACGCAAUACCUGAUGAAAAUGCUAAAACUGCUGUCCAGACUGAGUGGAACGAUCUCAAAGGUGUCAUCAGUGGUGAAAUGAAGUGGUGGAAAUUCUACUGGAUCACAGCACCCUCCAUAGUUACUCAGUGGUUAAACUUUCUAACCUAUGUAAUAUUAUUGAUUAUAUUUUUUACUGUUGUAAUAGGCCUUGAAAAAAUCCCAUCUCAAAUGCCAAACAGGUGUUCUCCGACGAUAUAUAAAAUUGAUUAUCCCUGUUCAACAAUUUAA